UGCGUGGGCAGACGGUGGCCACCCCUGGAGACUCGUCGUGCCCAUCUUCGGUAACGCCAGCACGAGACCCACCUACGAUAUAUCUGCGGGUGUCGGAGCUUCCAGAGCUCAUCCGCAUCUCAGACGCGAGUUUGUUCACUACCCCUGUUACUCACGAUUUAAUAAAAAAGCUUCAAGAUGUGUGACGAUGAUGUAGCUGCUUUGGUCGUAGACAAUGGAUCCGGUAUGUGCAAGGCCGGUUUUGCUGGAGAUGACGCUCCACGAGCUGUCUUCCCCAGCAUUGUUGGUCGCCCAAGACAUCAGGGAGUGAUGGUCGGUAUGGGACAGAAAGACUCAUACGUUGGUGACGAAGCUCAGAGCAAGAGAGGUAUCCUUACCUUGAAAUACCCCAUUGAGCACGGAAUCAUCACCAACUGGGAUGACAUGGAGAAGAUCUGGCAUCACACUUUCUACAAUGAACUCCGUGUUGCCCCAGAAGAGCACCCAGUUCUUCUCACUGAGGCUCCACUCAACCCAAAGGCCAACCGUGAAAAGAUGACCCAGAUCAUGUUUGAAACCUUCAACAGCCCAGCCAUGUACGUCGCCAUCCAGGCCGUUCUUUCAUUGUACGCUUCUGGUCGUACCACUGGUAUUGUAUUGGACUCUGGUGAUGGUGUCUCACACACAGUACCAAUCUACGAAGGUUACGCUCUACCCCAUGCCAUCCUCCGUUUGGACUUGGCUGGUCGUGACUUGACCGACUACCUCAUGAAGAUCCUCACCGAGAGAGGAUACUCCUUCACCACCACCGCUGAGCGGGAAAUUGUCCGUGACAUCAAGGAAAAACUCUGCUACGUCGCCCUGGACUUUGAACAGGAAAUGGCCACCGCCGCAGCCUCCACCUCACUCGAGAAGAGCUACGAGCUUCCCGACGGUCAAGUCAUCACCAUCGGAAACGAAAGAUUCCGUUGUCCCGAAGCCCUGUUCCAACCUUCCUUCUUGGGUAUGGAAUCUUGCGGUAUCCACGAAACUGUCUACAACUCCAUCAUGAAGUGUGACGUCGACAUCCGUAAAGACUUGUACGCCAACAACGUCCUCUCCGGAGGUACCACCAUGUACCCAGGUAUCGCUGACCGUAUGCAGAAAGAAAUCACCGCCCUCGCCCCAUCAACCAUCAAGAUCAAGAUCAUCGCUCCACCUGAAAGGAAAUACUCCGUAUGGAUCGGAGGUUCCAUCCUCGCCUCUCUGUCCACCUUCCAACAGAUGUGGAUCUCAAAACAAGAAUACGACGAAUCCGGUCCCGGAAUCGUCCACCGCAAGUGCUUCUAAGCAUUACAAUAAUAUUACCAUCUCAUCAAUCCAUCGGGCCUGCGGACAGUUAUGUUUUACUAAUGUACAAUCGCCCGAUGGCAUUGUCAGUACAUUACAAUUCGUCCAAUGUCAACGUCCCAUGCGUAAGCCCACGUACAAUCAUAA